AUGUCUUUGUUUGUCUCACUGAUCCUCAUCGCAAUUUGCACCAGUACGGCGAAUGCCCAGUUUCCAACCAUCACGUCAUACACGCAUGAUGGCCAGCCCGUGAUCUCUGUCAUUGGAACCAACUUUGCCAACAUAUCCACCACACUAGUCCUUGGCUCGUUGAGCAUCAGUGCGCCUCCACCUGUUAGCUCCACGCUCAUUGUUGUACCUCUCCCACUCUCGGCGCGCAACGGACCUAUGUACCUGCAAACCAACGACGUCAACUCCAAUGUUUUCCAAGUCAAACUGACGCCCUACAUCAGCAAUGCAUCGCCAGUGCUCUCCACCAAGGGUGGCAAUUUCACGAUCACCGGUCGCUACCUGAACUCUCUGCGCUCCAAUGGAGACAACACGAGCAUCACAGUGUCCACAUCAUGCUACUACUAUGACUUUGACCAUCGACCCUAUUUCCAAUAUACAACGAGAACCUUCCAGUUCACUCCUGUUCGGGAUUUCUCCACCAACGAACAGAUGGUGAUAAAUUAUCCAGUCGGUGCUGGCCAGCUUACUGGAUCGUUCUCCAUUGAUGGUGUCUCAACGGCAGGUAGCUUCACGCCAAACUAUGGCAACCCCACGGUCAUCUCCUACCGUCAAGACGCCUCAAUGUUGAACAUGAUCUUGACGGUCGACUACUUUGGACCGUCCUACUGUUGGUACAGAUUCUCACGGGAUGGAACUAACUAUAUCUUGAGCCCAUCAUGGAUCAACUCAACAUCUUUUUCCAUCAGCCUGGAGUAUAGCCAAGGCAUGUUGGUUCAAACACCCAGGGACACGACGUUAUAUUCUGCCAACAAUCAAUUAGACAUCAGUUUCAACCUUAUCUCGUCCUUCCAGGUCAGUGGAGCCGUUCCAACUGGAGGCGGUUACCUCCCAGUGAAGAACAAGAUAUGCUUCCUCAAUCUCAAAUCUUGCACAUUGGGCAACCAAACUAUCAAUGGUCAAUUUCCUUGCGAUCAAAUCCCCAUCCCUGCUGGGACAGGUCUCAACAAUGUUCUCAACUGCACUGACACCAAUGGUUUCCCGAUAUCCAGCUCGGUCACCUUUGACUAUGGUCCCUCAGUUGGCCUCUACUCCUUUGACAUUGACACAUUGGUUCUCAAUGGCUAUGAUUUCACACCCUCCACCACGGUUAAGUUUGCAGAUGGCAGCCAAUACAAAGUGUCGGAUAACUCUACCCCAACCAAGGCCUUCGUCACGAUGAACCCAAACACUCCUCCAACUGGCAGCUUUACCGUCACAGUUGGUGGUGUCUCUGCUGGUCCGUUCAUAUACAAAACCAAACCUAUCCUUCUUAAAGCGACCAUUGCAGAUCAACUCGACCCCUCAGGUAAGAUCAUACCAGGCCAAGUGAAGACAAGUGCUCCAUACUCUGUAUUCUUCCCUCUGCCGGCACCAUCCAUUACAUCGAUUCAGCCAAUCUACACAAUCAGUACGAUCAGUGUCCAGGUCACCGGCAAUCUCGUCAAUGCCACCAUUUUAAAUGGUACGAACGCUGUCUUUUGUCAGUAUAUCAAUGCAACUGUCGUCAAUUGCCCGCUAUUCUACGGUAACUUGACAGCCUAUUUCCUUGGAGUGUACAGUGCUUUAAUGCCAUUCAACUACCAACCCAGAGUCUCCAAUGAAUAUUUUAUCAACAAUGGUUCUAGGUUGACCAUCACCGGCUCCAACUUCUCUCCCUAUGCCUACCUUCUAGGAUUAAGAGGAGGCGCCACAUAUCCAAUGACAUCAUCGCCCAGCUCCAUGGUAUUCAACUUGGACAGCAAUCAACUUUCAACCAACAACAUUCAACUAGUAUCUUCUUCGCAGAUUCUCUACUUCAAUCUGUACAUCCAACCAGAGAUGACAACCACCACCAGCCCGACACCCUCCACCGGCAUUAGAAUCCCACCAACUCUUACCUUGCCUCUGAUCCUCUUUGCGAUCCUAAUGUCCAUCAGCUUAUAG